AACCUACACAACUUGGAAAACCAACAUAGUUUACCGGUAAACUCUAACCGCCACCACCACCACUCUAGAACCCCACCACCCCACCAAAUGUCUGAAACCCAAGAAAACCCAGCCCAACCCCCCCUCUUCACAGCUCUAACGACUUCCUCCCGCCAAAUCCUCACACUCCUAAAAUGUAUUGGCUUCCAAUCUACAGCUCAAUUACAAAUCUCGGCCGACGGUCUCCGCGUCACGGUUGAGGACUCUCAUGUCAUGCAAGGCCAUGCUUUCAUUGACAAGAACUUGUUUAAUACUUACACCUUUCACCCACCGCCACACUUAACGGAGAAUUUGGAAGCAGAUGAGGAUCCAGUUGUACAGUUUGGUAUUAGCUUGACGGCGCUACUGGAGUGUCUACAGAUAUUUGGCGGAGGGGAUGCUGGCGGGAAAUGGCGAGGCGGUGGAGGCAGAGCUGGGGGAGGCGGGGACGGCUGGUCAGGGGGGACCGCCGGAGUAAGUGCCUUCGACCACGGCCUUUUGAGAAUCGCCGGGACGUGCAGGUUUCUAUACGAGGAAGGGGGUCCUUUAUGCUUGAUCUUGGAAGAACCCCCGAUAACAACCACUUGCGAACUGACAACCUACACCCCAGCCCCCCUCCCUGACAUCCCCCUCUCCCCUACCCUAACUCGGAAAAUCAUCCUAAAAUCAUCCCUCCUCCACGACGCCAUCACCGAACUCUCCUCGUCCCCCGUCCUCCCUUCUUCCUCUUCCCUCCUAGUAAUCUUCACAUCCCCAUCACCGCCCCACUUCGCCCUCUCCUCCACCUCCCCGCUCGGCACCACAACAGUCCAAUUUAGCAACGACGGAGACCUCCUGGAAACCUUCAUGGUGAGCGGACGCGCAAAGGACGUGUACCGCUUCGACCUCGUUAGGCACGCGCGCGGAGCCAUGGCGGUCGCGACAAAAGUUAGCGUCCGGAGCGACGAGGCGGGUGUACUCAGUUUGCAGUUUAUGGUGGAGUGGGAGGGGCGCGCGAGUUUUGUGGACUUUAGGUUUUUGGGGGUGGAUGAUGGGGAGGGUGGUGGUGGUAAUGGCGAGAGUGAGGGGGAUAGUGAAUAGUGGAUUAAGUUUGAUGUUGAAUUAAUAUAUUGUAUGAUGGGGUUUGCACGUAUGAUACGCAUGUAUAAUGGAAUAGUUGGAUUUCGAGUGAUA